AUGACAAAAAUAAGUGAGAAGAAUACAAAGAGAUUUGCUCUAAAAGUAGGGUUUGGGGUUGAUGUAGGUAACCAACAGCAACCUCAGCAACUCCAAACCCUUCCCAUCAUCACCACCAUAAAAGGCCAAAAGCUCAUCCACCAUGUCGCUAUCAACGGGCCCAUUUUCGGUCUUCUCCUUCUGCCUCAUAUGCUCAUCAAUUAUGGUGUCGAUAAACCCAUCGAGCGAGGCCCGGGCCCUAACGAGCCUCCCGUUCAAACCCUGCGGGUCGACCCACCCCAAACACGGCACAAAAUCCGCUACAUUAAAAGCCCCAAACAAUUUCGAAAACUCCUGCAAAAUCUCGAUAAACUCCUCCUGGCCCUCCCGUGA